UCCCCAGUAAUCCCCUUAUGAAGUAGAAGUCAAAGGGGUAUGAGGAUAGAUCUUCAACAUUGAUGCUGAAGGAGGCUAUGAUUUGGUUGAUGUCAAGGAGGUGGACAAAGUGUGGCGAGGCUUCAGACUCGAUGAUCCCGACGAUCCAGAGUGGUUGUGCUUGUGUUUUUUAUGCGCCAAUGUUGAGCUUCGACAUUGAUCAGCAUAGACUUUUUGAGUGUUAAGUCCCCAUGUUCUCUAUGAGAAGGAGCCCAAGAAGUAGAUAGGGUGGCUGUUACCAAAGUCGCCUUUGAUCCUGAAGUGUGGUUGUCAGCAGAUCCCGAAGUCACUCUCAGUCCCGAUGAGCAGCUACUGGUUGAUACUGGAAUAAGGUAGCGUACACCCACAGAAGGUACACUGCAUAAAGUUUUUAUAUUGUCCAUUAGAGCAACCAAUGGGGCAAGAGAAAAAGAGAAACCAUGAACAAACCACAGUCAAAGCUAAAUAUCACUGAAAAAGACAAAUCUGAAGAAUAGCCGAGAAAAAACAGUCCGAAGUCAAGCUAAAAAUCCAGCACUGGAAAAAGCUAAUAAACGAGAAAAGCAGAGUGAAUCCAUCCCAAUGUAAGCAAUGCGGCAGUCAAGAAGGAGAAAGACACUCUCCCAUCGAAAAUAACAGUCACGCCAUGCACACGAUUCAGCAGAAUCAAAGAGCACCUCAAGGAGCUUUAAAUUCUUCGAGGCUUACUGCGCAGGCACAGAACCCAGGUAGAAAAGGAUGGCCCUCCGCACGUCCAGCAUGUGUAAAGAAACUUCUAGCGGUGUGGAUGGAUUUCUGUAAAAGUGCAUUGGAGUCUCGCCAUCCGCGAAAAGAGAAGGGCCCAGCUUCACUGGCACAGGCACCUCCCCCUUCACCUCAGCAGCAGGCCCUUCCCCAUCGGAGCCGGACUGGGAGGACCCAACACUGGACUCUGCCACGACCUGGGCAUCAUCAGGGGGAACCCACUGAGUGGCGAGAGAAGCGUUGGAGGGGCCGCAAGAGGGAGGGAAAAUCUGGCUGCACUGUCAGCCGUUAACUCCCUGCCCUCCAUCCCUACCACGGAAGGAGAUUCCCUGGCAGGAGAGCCCCCCGCACCACCAGGCUCUGCACCAGGCACCAGCCACCAGCUCUGGCAGUGCACCACCACCCGAUGGACCCACCACUGGUCUAGGAACAGGUUCGGUGGCAGCAGGCUCCUCCGGAUAGGAGAGCCUUUGCACUACCACAUCACCUGGGCCAAAUAAUUCGUCAAUGGGGACCUGUGGGACCCCAGGAUCGCAUCUUCUCUGCCCAUCAUGCCCCCCUGCACCACCUUGGGGACCCCUACCCCCUCUGCCUGCCUCCCUGCGGUGAGCUCUGCUCGCAACACAGCGCUCAGACACUUCUAAGAAAAAACUUUUUAAAAAUUUAA